GAACUUUGACAUUGUAAUGUUUUCACUGAGGAUUUGAUAGGGUAUUCAACUUUUCGUCUUUUGCUUUCAAUCCGUCAUUCGUGAGUUUUUAUUUUGUGCGAAUUUUCUGUUCUGUCGCCUUUUAUUAUUAUUACUACAGUUUUAUAUAUUUUUUUGUGUGAAGCGUACUCUGCCGACGUCGCUGCCACUGCCAGCGCUGUCGCUUUGACGAUUUGCGCUUUGCGUUGCGCUUACUCACAAUCAAAUCUCACGCCGCAUUUUUAGUCUCAAUAAUAACUGAAACGAAAAACACGCGCAGCCGAAACGAAGCGCAAACCAAAGAGUAAAGCGAAAGAAGCAAGGAAGGCAAACGGCGAACAAAAACGCAAAACGAAAACGACGACACGUCGUCAAACAUGUCCCCCGGCGCCCAUUUGCAGAUGUCCCCGCAGAACACUUCGUCCCUAAGUCAACACCAUCCACAUCAACAGCAACAGUUACAACCCCCACAGCAGCAACAACAGCAUUUCCCUAACCAUCACAGCGCCCAGCAACAGUCGCAGCAGCAGCAGCAACAGGAGCAACAGAAUCCCCAGCAGCAGGCGCAACAGCAGCAGCAGAUACUCCCACAUCAACAUUUGCAGCACCUGCACAAGCAUCCGCAUCAGCUGCAACUGCAUCAGCAGCAGCAACAACAACUCCACCAGCAACAGCAGCAACACUUCCACCAGCAGUCGCUGCAAGGGCUGCAUCAGGGUAGCAGCAAUCCGGAUUCGAAUAUGAGCACUGGCUCCUCGCAUAGCGAGAAGGAUGUCAAUGAUAUGCUGAGUGGCGGUGCAGCAACGCCAGGAGCUGCAGCAGCAGCGAUUCAACAGCAACAUCCCGCCUUUGCGCCCACACUGGGAAUGCAGCAACCACCGCCGCCCCCACCUCAACACUCCAAUAAUGGAGGCGAGAUGGGCUACUUGUCGGCAGGCACGACCACGACGACGUCGGUGUUAACGGUAGGCAAGCCUCGGACGCCAGCGGAGCGGAAACGGAAGCGAAAAAUGCCUCCAUGUGCCACUAGUGCGGAUGAGGCGGGGAGUGGCGGUGGCUCUGGCGGAGCAGGAGCAACCGUUGUUAACAACAGCAGCCUGAAGGGCAAAUCAUUGGCCUUUCGUGAUAUGCCCAAGGUAAACAUGAGCCUGAAUCUGGGCGAUCGUCUGGGAGGAUCUGCAGGAAGCGGAGUAGGAGCCGGUGGCGCCGGAAGCGGGGGAGGUGGCGCUGGUUCCGGUUCUGGAAGCGGUGGCGGCAAAAGCGCCCGCCUGAUGCUGCCAGUCAGCGACAACAAGAAGAUCAACGACUAUUUCAAUAAGCAGCAAACGGGCGUGGGCGUCGGUGUGCCAGGUGGUGCGGGAGGCAAUACCGCUGGCCUUCGAGGAUCACAUACGGGAGGUGGCAGCAAGUCACCCUCAUCCGCCCAGCAGCAGCAAACGGCGGCACAGCAGCAGGGAAGCGGUGUUGCGACGGGAGGCAGUGCAGGCGGUUCCGCUGGCAACCAGGUGCAAGUGCAAACGAGCAGCGCUUACGCCCUUUACCCACCAGCUAGUCCCCAAACCCAGACGUCACAGCAACAGCAGCAGCAGCAACCGGGAUCAGACUUUCACUAUGUCAACUCCAGCAAGGCGCAGCAACAACAGCAGCGUCAACAGCAACAGACUUCCAAUCAAAUGGUUCCUCCACACGUGGUCGUUGGCCUUGGUGGUCAUCCACUGAGCCUCGCGUCCAUUCAGCAGCAGACGCCCUUAUCCCAGCAGCAACAGCAGCAACAACAGCAGCAGCAACAGCAGCAACUGGGACCACCGACCACAUCGACGGCCUCCGUCGUGCCAACGCAUCCGCAUCAACUCGGAUCCCUGGGAGUUGUUGGGAUGGUCGGUGUGGGUGUUGGCGUGGGCGUUGGAGUAAAUGUGGGUGUGGGACCACCACUGCCACCACCACCGCCGAUGGCCAUGCCAGCGGCCAUUAUCACUUAUAGUAAGGCCACUCAAACGGAGGUGUCGCUGCAUGAAUUGCAGGAGCGCGAAGCGGAGCACGAAUCGGGCAAGGUGAAGCUAGACGAGAUGACACGGCUGUCCGAUGAACAAAAGUCCCAAAUUGUUGGCAACCAGAAGACGAUUGACCAGCACAAGUGCCACAUAGCCAAGUGUAUUGAUGUGGUCAAGAAGCUGUUGAAGGAGAAGAGCAGCAUCGAGAAGAAGGAGGCGCGACAGAAGUGCAUGCAGAAUCGCCUCAGGCUCGGACAGUUUGUUACCCAACGAGUGGGCGCCACAUUCCAGGAGAACUGGACGGACGGCUAUGCGUUCCAGGAGCUGAGUCGGCGGCAAGAAGAAAUAACCGCUGAGCGUGAAGAGAUAGAUCGGCAGAAAAAGCAGCUGAUGAAAAAGCGUCCGGCGGAGUCCGGACGCAAGCGCAACAACAACAGUAACCAGAACAACCAGCAGCAGCAGCAACAGCAACACCAGCAACAGCAGCAGCAACAAAAUUCCAACUCGAACGAUUCCACGCAGCUGACGAGCGGAGUUGUUACCGGUCCAGGCAGUGAUCGUGUGAGCGUAAGCGUCGACAGCGGAUUGGGUGGCAAUAAUGCGGGCGCGAUCGGUGGCGGAACCGUUGGUGGUGGCGUUGGAGGUGGUGGUGUUGGAGGCGGUGGUGUCGGAGGCGGCGGUGGACGUGGACUUUCUCGCAGCAAUUCGACGCAGGCCAAUCAGGCUCAAUUGCUGCACAACGGCGGUGGUGGUUCGGGCGGCAAUGUCGGCAACUCGGGCGGCGUUGGCGACCGCUUGUCAGAUCGAGGAGGAGGAGGUGGCGGCAUCGGCGGAAACGAUAGCGGCAGCUGCUCGGACUCGGGCACUUUCCUGAAGCCAGACCCCGUAUCGGGUGCCUACACAGCGCAGGAGUAUUACGAGUACGAUGAGAUCCUCAAGUUGCGACAAAAUGCCCUCAAAAAGGAGGACGCCGACCUGCAGCUGGAGAUGGAGAAGCUGGAGCGGGAGCGCAAUCUGCACAUCCGAGAGCUCAAGCGGAUUCUUAACGAGGAUCAGUCCCGCUUUAACAAUCAUCCCGUGCUGAAUGAUCGCUAUCUUCUGUUGAUGCUCCUGGGCAAGGGCGGCUUCUCAGAGGUCCACAAGGCCUUCGACCUGAAGGAGCAACGCUAUGUCGCAUGUAAGGUGCACCAAUUAAACAAGGAUUGGAAGGAGGAUAAGAAAGCUAAUUAUAUCAAACACGCUUUGCGGGAAUACAACAUUCACAAGGCACUGGAUCAUCCGCGGGUCGUCAAGCUAUACGAUGUCUUCGAGAUCGAUGCGAAUUCCUUUUGCACAGUGCUCGAAUACUGUGAUGGCCACGAUCUGGACUUCUAUUUGAAGCAACAUAAGACUAUACCCGAGCGUGAAGCGCGCUCGAUAAUAAUGCAGGUUGUAUCUGCACUCAAGUAUCUAAAUGAGAUUAAGCCUCCAGUUAUCCACUACGAUCUGAAGCCCGGCAACAUUCUGCUUACCGAGGGCAACGUCUGCGGCGAGAUUAAGAUCACCGACUUCGGUCUGUCAAAGGUGAUGGACGACGAGAAUUACAAUCCCGAUCACGGCAUGGAUCUGACCUCUCAGGGGGCGGGAACCUACUGGUAUCUGCCACCCGAGUGCUUUGUCGUGGGCAAAAAUCCGCCGAAAAUCUCCUCCAAAGUGGACGUAUGGAGUGUGGGUGUUAUCUUCUACCAGUGUCUGUACGGCAAAAAGCCCUUCGGUCACAAUCAGUCGCAGGCCACGAUUCUCGAGGAGAAUACGAUCCUGAAGGCCACCGAAGUGCAGUUCUCCAACAAGCCAACCGUUUCUAACGAGGCCAAGAGUUUCAUUCGGGGAUGCUUGGCCUAUCGCAAGGAGGAUCGCAUGGAUGUGUUCGCACUGGCCAGGCACGAGUACAUUCAGCCACCGAUACCGAAACAUGGGCGCGGUUCGCUCAAUCAGCAACAGCAGGCGCAACAACAGCAGCAGCAACAACAGCAACAGCAGCAGCAACAGUCGUCGACGUCACAGGCCAAUUCUACAGGCCAGACAUCUUUCUCUGCCCACAUGUUUGGCAAUAUGAAUCAGUCGAGUUCGUCCUAGCUGCCAACCAAGCGCAAUUCGAACUCAUAAUUCGCCGCCGCCGCAGUAGCAGCAGCUACAUUAGCUGCCAGUAGUCAACAGCAACUUCAACACCAGCAACAGCAACUCCAAAUCCAGCAAUACCAGCAGAAUCAGCAACUUCAUUUGCAAAACAGCAGUAGCAAUUAUGCGGCCACGCUUCUAGAUGCAGCGGCCUUUUGCUACGAAACCGUGAUGGAUGCAGCCCACUUCCAAAACAACAAUAAUAACAGCACCAUCAUCAAGAACAAUAUGCAGACAAUGCCGGCAAACGCUGCCAAUGCUGCUGCAGCUGCAGGGGGAGGGGGAACACCGACCUAUCAGGGGAAAUACAAGCGCUGGCAGCAGCAACAGUUACAACAGCAGGCGCAACUCCAACAGCAGCAGCACAAGCUGCUGUUGCAGCAAGAGCUGCUCUAAAAUAUGAAGGGAAUGAUGACAAGCGAGUUUAAGAGAACGAGGAGCUGCCUGCCACACUGCCGCCGUCAGCAAUAACAACAUCCCAAGAAAAUUCACAGCGAGUCGCAAAAGCAUCAACAAACAAAGCAAAAAACGCAAAAAAGGAUUACAAAGACGCAGAGAAUAGGGGACAUUUGCAAUGGGAAAUAACAAAUUAUUGCAUUAUCUGCUGGAUUGUGAUUGUGGUUCAAACAUUAAAAAUACACUUACUCAUACACACAAGGUAGACACUGCAGACUAAUUUUGCCUUAAAAGAAACAAAACGAAUAAUGUUAACUGUAAAUUUUCACUUUGUGUCCAUGCAUAGUUACUAGUAAUGAUGAUAUAAAUAUAUAAAUAUAUAUAAAAUAUAAAAAUUAUAUAAAUGUAUAAAUUUAUAUUUAUAUAUAUAUAUAUAUAUAUAUAUAUAUAUCUGCAUAAACAUUGAAGCAUACUAGUAAAUCUUUAUAAAUAUAUUUAUAUAUAUAUUUAUCUCUUCCUUUUAACGCUUUUAAUCGGAAAAAACAUCCCAAUUAUAUUUUAAUUCAAUUUGAAAUAUAAAAGUCAUUUUUGUUUGUUUUGUAUCAAAAUCCAAAAAAAAUUGAUUUAAAUAUAAAAAUACCAUAAACAUUAACACCACACACACACACACACACACAUAUAUAUAUAUAUAUAUAUAUAUAUAUAUAUAUACAUAUAUAUAUACAUUUGUAUAUAGUCGUAUCUGAACCACAAACAAAUCCACAGAUAAAAAAAACUGAAAAAUUCAUAGAAUCAAACCAUUUUUUUAUAUGCCACAAAGAAAAGAAAAUAAGUAGAAAUGCAAGAAAAAUCGAGAAAAAGCGUAAUUCAUGAGAUCAGAUCGGAUCAGAAAAAUCAACAGAAAAUAAACCUAUUUGAAGUAAAAUACUUCUAAAUACAUAGUAAACUAAUGUAAUAGUUUUUAUUAAAAUUACACAUAUAUGUAUCGAUAUAUAUACAUGUUUUUUUUUUUUUAAUUUUAAAAUUAUAAUUGUAAUGCACUAUGCGUAAAUUGUAUUAAAUAUUAAUAUCCAAGGCAUAUUAAUAGAAAUAUAUAUACAUAUAUAAAACCUGCAAAAAAAAAACAUGAACUACCAAGCUAAAUGUUUCAAUAAUAUAUAGAUCUAUAUGUAUGUAAAACCGAUAUGAAAUCUGCCUACAGCCAGACAAAAAAAACCUUAAAGAGAAAGAUCAGAAGAGGAACAGAAGAGUAUGAGCGGGGAGUGAAAGAUGCAAGAUUCAUCCAAAAGCGAAAAACAUUUUUUUCUUAAGUCUACGCAAAACAAAAUGAAUGAAAAGUAACCCGAAAUUAGUUUUUAGAGUAUAAGUAUAAAAAAUGGAAAAUAUCGCGAUAGAAAGAAACAAAAAUGGACGCAGAUAAGGACGGCAAGCAGAACAAGAGUAAUAAAGCAGCGGCAAGAACUCCCUAAAAAUAGCAAAGAGCAUUGUAAAUAUUUAUAUAAAUAAUUUAUGCCUAAUUAAAGUUUAAAUUAAUGAAGAAAACCAGCAAAAAAACAUAAAAAACCAGAAGAACCAUUUCAGAUUUGUAUGCAAAUUUGUAUAUGUACGUACUUUCCUUUAAUUUUAGCCAAUCAGUUUGUAAGAUUAAAUUUUUUUUUUGCAUCUCUAUAAAGAAUAAUGAUAUGAGGAUAAUGAUUCCGAUUUUUUUUUCCGUUUAAUGUAACCGUUAGAAUUAGCCCAUAAUGGUCGAUAUCUAAAUGUGUGUGUAUAUCGAUGUGAUGUCAUCGAUUGUCGAUAACGAUUGGAUGCGAGUGUGUGUUAAUUUAAUUUGAUAAAAGAUAAAGGAAAGCAAGGAAUGUGAAGAUAAUGAAAGGAGAUGCAUAGAGAAUGAGAGCGAAUCUAUCUAUUAUAUAAUUAUGUAAAAUGCACAUCUUUAAAUUAUAAAUUAUACAUAUUUAAAAGGAAACUAUUAUUAUUAUUUUGAUUACCAUUAUCAUUAUUUUUUAUUAUCACUUAACGGUUUCGGUUUGAUCCACAGCGAAACCAACAACAACCAAGAAACAGAAACAACAAAAAGAGAAACAAAAUAAACAAGCGAAAUGUUUGAUAAAAAAAACCACGAGAUGUUUUAAUUUAUUUGUCUUUAAUUCUUCGAUUUUAUUGAGUUUUUCAUAGAGAAAGUUGUCACACUCAAGAACACACACGCAAGCGUAUAAAGCUAAACAAAUUAAUACCUACUAAGUGUUUAAAUAGUACUAAACGAAUCAAAAUAUAAAUACUUAAAAAGAAAAAAAAACGAAAAUAAAAAUAAAAACAGCAGCAGAAAAAAACGAUGAGACAGUUGAGCAGACGAGAAAAACAAAGCCCAUUAAAUUAUUUGUUGAGUAUUUUAUUAAAAAAUAAUUACGAUAAUAAUUAAAAAGUUUAAAUUGAACGAAUUACGAAAAACAAACUGAAUAUACAUAUAUGUGUGCAUAUAUACAUAUAUGUAUGUAUUAUAUAUAAACAAAUUAUUUAAUAGUUAUGCUAAAAAAUUAUUUAAAGUGAACGGAUAUGAAAAAUAUUUGUAUGCGUGCGAGCACGGAGAGAAGGGCACUCAGAAUAGGCCAUCGACACCACCCACUCCCUUCCGAUACCCGAACAUCACCACCAGUUUUCACCAUUUUCUGACCCUUAACCCCUUCAACCAGACACACACCAAACACAAGAAAAGGCGAAGAAAGCCGAAAAAAAAACAAUGCAAACACGAAAUAGGCGGCGACGACAGAGAUAAGCGCGAAGAAGAUACUAAAUCAAUAAGUAAACAUAAAAAUUAAUUAAUAAAUUAAUUCCAAAACAAAAUGAAAAAAGCUAAAAAAAAAACAUCAAGAAAACAAAAGACAAAAGCAAACAAAAAACAUGACGAAACAUUGAAAAUAAAAAAAUACU